UCCAGAGCCGGAGGCCAUGAACGGGACGGCGACGCCCGAGCCCACGGAGGCAUCGGCCCCGACCCCGCAGCCGCCGCUCGACUGGAGGUUCUCCCAGGUCUUCGGCGAGCGCGGAGCAGGCGAGGACGUCCAGGACGUUGACAUCAUCUCGGCAAUAGAGUUCAAUAAAACAGGACAUCAUCUUGCCACUGGGGACAGAGGGGGACGAGUUGUUUUGUUUGAAAGAACAGAUGCCAAAGAUCAUGUCUCCAGAAAAGAGGCUGAGAAAGCUGAUUAUUCUAUCAGCAGGCAUCCAGAAUUUCGUUACAAAACUGAGUUCCAAAGCCAUGAACCAGAGUUCGAUUACCUUAAAAGCUUGGAAAUUGAAGAGAAGAUUAACAAGAUAAAGUGGUGCCAAGAAACAAAUGGUGCGUCGUUUCUUCUGUCCACAAAUGACAAAACGAUAAAGUUUUGGAAGGUCCAAGAGAAGAAGGUUAAAAAGAUAUGUGAGAUGAAUAUGAACACUUCAAAUGCUCAUGUGAAUGGUGGCCCAAGCACACAUGUUCCAAAUGGUGGCAUUUUAAAGCCUGGUGGACUUGCUUUACUUCGCAUGCCUGUGGUAGUUACAAGCCAAGAAACCAGUCUCGCUGCAAAUUGUCGUAGAGUCUAUGCUCAUGCACACGACUACCACAUCAAUUCCAUUUCAAAUAACAGUGAUGGUGAGACGUUCAUAUCAGCAGAUGAUUUACGGAUAAAUCUUUGGAAUUUGGAAAUCAGCAAUCAAAGUUUCAAUAUUGUUGACGUUAAGCCAACAAACAUGGAGGAUCUCACUGAGGUUAUAACAUCUGCGGAGUUCCAUCCUUCUCACUGUAAUACGUUGGCAUAUAGUAGCUCAAAGGGCUCCAUUCGACUUGUUGACCUGCGGCAAUCAGCUCUUUGUGAUACUCAUUCCAAACUCUUUGAGCAGCAUGAGUCAGCGGGUUCAAGAUCCUUUUUUACUGAGAUUAUAGCCUCAAUUUCAGACAUAAAGUUCUCCAUGGAUGGGAGACAUAUUCUGAGUCGCGACUACAUGACUCUGAAGCUAUGGGAUGUUAAUAUGGAUUCUGGUCCAGUUGCGACGUUCCAGGUUCACGAGUAUUUAAGGCCCAAGUUAUGUGAUUUAUAUGAAAAUGAUUCAAUUUUUGACAAAUUUGAGUGUUGUCAAAGUGGAGAUGGGUUACGAGUAGCAACUGGUUCUUACAGCAACAUUUUUCGUGUGUUCAAUUGUGGUGCUGGUGACAAUGAGGUAACAACGCUUGAAGCAACUCGAAACCCUACAAGGAGGCAGGCCCAGAAUCCUGCACGGCCUGUGAGAUCUAUGACAAGGAAUGUUAGACGAGAGAACACUGGAAUAGAUGCCAAUGGGAAUUCCUACGACUUGAGCACAAAACUGCUCCAUUUGGCAUGGCACCCGGCAGAAAAUCUAAUUGCCUGUGCUGCAGCCAACAGCUUAUACAUGUACUAUGGGUAAACACGGGAAAGGAACAGAGGGACAGUUCUUUUUUGGCAGCUGCUCCUGGCGAGAAGGGUAGUUUUAUCCCUGGUAUGGCAAAUCAGGGAGUUGUUGGAGAUGGUGUAUUUUGAGCCAGUCACAUGGUUUUCUUUUGAGUUCCAUAUAGAGCUGUCCAAGAGUCCAAGAGGAAGUGACUGGAUCAUUCCCGGGAAGCAGCUUGAUUCUGAUUAUUUUUUUUACUGGGGGAAAGGCCUGUCUUUCCCCUAUAGGUUCGUUUAGAUUUAAAGAUAAGAUUCUAGUUGAACAUUUGGGAGGAACACAAACUUUUGGUCAUCUCCAGUAGAUGAUAAGGGGAUGAACUCCCGUUGUGAUGGAAUCAUCGAGCUUGUAAUAUCAAUACAGGGGCAUUGAUUAUUUCUUAUAAUUUCAAUUUCGAAGUGACCAUUCACAU